CGGGCGCAACAUCUCGCGUGCACCCGCCUAUCCAGGACUGCGGCGUCCCUUCAGGUCCCCUCAGACGAGCGUGUCGACUACAAGAACGCACGAACUACUUGACGUUCUUUCAUAAAGUCAUGUCUUUGCCUCAGUCUCUUCGCGUGUCCGUAACACCCCUUGAGCUCGAGCUCAUCGCCUGCGAACAGCUUGUAGAGAUCGUGCCCUUGAUCUCGAUGGAGAAGACGGCAUUCAUAUCUGGCGCGUACGGACCUCUAAGACCUCCGUCCAAGUCCAAGGUGCCCCUUUGGAUGGCUAUCAACCUCAAGCUAAAGAAGAAAUGCCACAUCGUGCCACCAGAAUGGCUCACAGUAGACUUCCUUCAAGAACGCCUUUCCCGAGAAACAUCGCAGCCCCAGUUCAGCAAGCUUCCUUUCCGCUUUGCAGAGAUUUCCAAGGUCGUACUAGACGUCGCAUCAGAUGAUGUACCCAAUGCCGACAAAAUUCGCUCUCUGCUCAAGGAUCUUCGUGAAGCACGUCAGGCAAAAAGCAGAGAAGGUCUUCAGCAGAUAGACCACAGUGAACUGAGUCUGCCAAAUCUCUGCUCCAUGGAGAUCAACGAGAUUCGACCAGUCUUCGUGCAGUCCAUGGGCCUUUUAUCACAGCUUGUGAGAGAGCCUGAGAAUAGGGCAGGCGAUGUCUAGCUGGAUGGUGCACCUUACCCCCCAGUUGAUACUCUAGUUCGGUCGGAAUUGAGGUUUCCAGAUCGCUGACAAACGGAUAUGCACCGUCCUCUUUGGAUGAAUAACCAAACCCGAUAAUAUCCCAACAUAUCC